ACUAAUACAGUUAGCAGUGAAACACGUAGAAAUAGAAAUGUUCUCGGUCGUAAGUUUUCUCCUUUACUUUGGAAAGUGAUCAGUGGUUUCAGUUUUAUAAUUCAGUGUUAAGGUGUUUUUAAACGAUGGCAAAGUUAGUUGAUGUAUACCGAAAUGAUGAACAGAAGUUGGGUAGAAGACAACUUCCUUUGCAAAUAGACGAAACUCUCACGAUGGUGAUGGAUUUAAACAGCAUGGGGUUUUUGAAUGACAAUCCUAUUGUGAAAGGCAAGGAGUUGGAUGAGUUCACAACAAAGUACAAAGUACUUUCUCCUGAAGAGGUCAAAUUUGCUUUUCAAGUCAACCGUAAAGACUUGUUGAAUAUUCUGAGUCAAACAAUUCCUUGUGUUGGAUGCCGUAGGAGUGUGGAGAGAUUGUUCUAUCAAUUGAUGAAAACGGGGCACCCGGCAUUGGAUCCUUUGGUGAUACUGAAGGAGGGGUACUUGACACUGCAAGACGAUCACCUUGGGUGGCCUCACCUGCUGUGCACACUGCUACAUGGUCACAGUGCCCGCCUGAACGACCUGGUAGACAGCCAGUUGCGCUCCAAGAAGUCACGUCGCUGCGUGUUGCACUCCCUGGACUCCCAGCGGACCCGCGUGUUAUCCACAGCCUGGCGUGAUGUCUGGUCAGUGAUGAGGCCUCAGUGUAGGGAUGAGGUGGUUCUCAUAGAUGCUUCCGCACUCAUGGCUACGCUUGAGAAUUACCUCCGGAAACACAGGUUCUGUGGGGAGUGUCGUACCAAGGUUCUGCGAGCUUAUGCGCUGCUGGUGGAGGAGCCUGAUCCAGCUCAGGAGAAGGGUUAUGUGCCGGCGCUAUAUGCAGGGAUCAAGCGAUGUCUACCAGACAAACACAUCCACCUGCAGACCAAGACGGAGUACAUCAGCGACCUGAUUACGCGCGCGGAGCCGGAGCUGAUGGGUAGUCGACGUGAGAGACAUGCCAAGACACUGGAGAUAGCUCAGGAGGAGGUCCUCACCUGCCUCGGGAUCUGUGUGUACGAGCGACUGCACCGUAUACAACUGCGGCUGAGGGAGGAGGAGUGCACGUGUCAGGUCCUAGCAGCGAUCGCUGUUGAUGCUCUCAACCGUAACUUUCAGAAAGCAGUAGAGCGCAAACGAGGGAUAACCCAGUUAGAAUUACUAUAUGAAGAGUUAACAAAAGAGGAACAACUUUUACAGCAAAGGAAAGAGCACAAGAAGCUCAAAAGAAGGAAAAGGAAAGAAAAAAAGGCAGGGCAGGAAGAAAAGGAAAACUGUGAGUGCGAGUCAGAGGAACAGCCAGAGAUGUCUUGCGGUCACACGGAGGACAACUGCACUUGUGUUGUGGACGAGCCAACCACUCAAAACAUUGACAGACAGAAGGUAGCUAUGCUCCAAGUACUGGACCGAACAAUGAAAGGUUCCCCGACAUGUUCGUGUGUGGAUUGUAUGAAGAAUAAAAAAGGUGUAGUGAAAGUGACAAAUAGUGUAGUGAAGAGCAAGUCUAAGUGUGGUGAGAAAGCGAAUCAUAUUGAUUUAUCCCCUCUAGUGCGGGCAGAGAGUGAUCAGAACUCGUUGAGCCCAUGCCAAUCCUGUGUGAAUGCUCAAGAACUACUCGAUGGCCAGAAAGGAUGGUCGUCCAGUGAUCAUUCGCAAGACUAUGGAUAUUCGAGUGAAAACAACAACGGCAGCUCUGGUCACAGUUUACCAUCGUCUCCGGAGGGAUCGGAAGUUGCGUGUUCUGAUGGGUUCUGCAAUCAUGAUGGUGAAUGCCAUACAGAAGGGAGUGAAAAACAAAACAACUUCAGACUCACCAGUCAGACACUUUCCCUACAACAAAUGCUCGAGGAAUCGUGUUCAUCAGAUGAAGAGAGUUUUAUACCAGCUGAGGAAGUUCAAGAAUUCAAGGCCAAAAUUCCGCAUGUAACAGAGAAAAGACAGGAGUUACGACAAAUUUUGAAGAAGAGAUUUGCACAAAUGUGUGACAACAGACCUCACAUAAGGCGUUUAAACGAUGAUUAAGAUGAAAUACUGGCUUAUUUACAGUACUGUUACAAAGUCUAAGACUGUUGUUUGUCCAUGGUUUAGCUCACUAGUCACUUUGGCCGACCAUGGCCAUUCUUCAGUUCAUUUAGACUUUAAUUGUAGCGUUAAGUAGCCAAAAGUUAAUGUAUUAAUUCAUAUUGAAAAGGUAAUUAUUUUUUAAGUCUAUUUUAUUAUACUAUUGUUAUGAAGCCGAUUUUGGCAUCUUAUACACACUGUUAAAGGUUCUCGGAUUUGUUAAUCAUUAAUUGAUCGUAAUUAUUUUAUACAUAUUCAUUCAUUACCUUGAUAAUUCAUUUAUACAGUUCAUAAUUUACCUUUGUAAUAAUUUUAUUUCCAUUGUUUUUCCUACAGUGAAAUAUUUUACAAUCACUAGUAGAACAAACUUCCAUGUAUUAUCAUCGCUUAUCAAUUUGGUUUGUACCAUUUGUUGUAUAAUUUUGGGAAUAAAUUUAUAUAUUUUAUAUGAUUGUUAUCAAAGUGCAGUUGAAUGGUGCUAUAGCCGUUGUCAGAUCAGACUCCUGUGAUUGUAAGAACAUGUUAUCGAGAAGGCUGUUGUUACCAUUGAGUGUUUGAUGUUAGUUUAGACUAACCUUAGAAUAAAGUUACAUUCCUUUCAUGUUCCAUGUAUUUGAGAUCCAAACCUUUUCAAACCUUGUUGUUCAUUGUUCAAAUACAAAAGUUUAUUCGCU